AUGUUUUACAAAAGAUUAAUUGAUCCUGGAGAAUGCGUUGGAAAUUUAACACGAAGAAAUCAUCCAUCAACCGACCCUUUAGGUUGUUAUACAUUUAAUACAACCUUUGGCAUAGAUACUCUAGCUGGUCUUACGAGUAUAAAUUUUCCUGACCCAUACAAGGAUCGGGAUCAAACUUUAAUGGACCCAGGACUCUGUAUAAUUCAUUGUGCUGAUUAUCUUUUUAAAUAUGCAGCACUAACACAUGGAAAUGAUUGUAGAUGUGGUAAUAACACUGGUUUAGAUGCUUACGUUAAAUUAACUGAUAAUAAUGUAAUUAAUACAACUUGUAAUAUCACUUGCGUCGGUAAUUCAAGUUAUAUAUGUGGUGGAAAAGAUGGCUAUACUGUUUAUAACGCAUUAACGGCUAUUUCAAGUUAUAGAGUACCUAAUAUAACUACCAGCCAAAAACUUGAAAUAAUUAAUGACCUUCGCCUUAAUAAAGAUGUAGGAUAUAAAGGAUGUUAUAAGGAAAGUCCUUAUUGUAAUAAAAGAUUUUUAAAUGGUACAUCAGAGGAACCUUCCGGAAUGACAAUUGAAGAGUGUUUAAAAUUUUGCGGAGGAAAUAAUUUUAAGUAUGCAGGACUUGAGAUAGGGUCGCAGUGUUUUUGCGAUGAUGAUUUUAAAAGCCUAACCAGACUUUCCAUAGAAGAAUGUAGUUCUAGUUGUGAAGGUGGCCUUUCAGAUGGUCAAAUAACUUGUAUUGUUGGCAUUGUCGGUAUUGUUUUAAUUUCAGCAUUAAUAGUUUUGUAUGUAAAAAGGAAAUUUUCAUCUCAAAGUUCGGAUACUAGUUCAGGUACUAAUUCAGAUGACGAUACAAAUGGCCCAGAUACUAAUUUAGAAAACGGUACAAAUGAUCCAGUUACUAAUUUCGAUAACGGUACAAAUGAUCCAGUUACUAAUUUCGAUAACGGUACAAAUGAUCCAGUUACCAAUUUCGAUACAAAUGAUCCAGUUACUAAUUUCGAUAACGGUACAAAUGAUCCAGUUACCAAUUUCGAUAACGGUACAAAUGAUCCAGUUACUGAUUUCGAUAACGGUACAAAUGGCUCAGAUACUAACUCAGAUCACCACCCUAAUGAUUUACAUUCAUUAUUCUGA